AUGCAAUUUGCAGAGGCCUUACUGUCUUCAGAUGAUGCAAAUUUCGAGCGCUUGUUGUACGAUGAGGUCAGAACACAAGCUCUUGAAGUAUGCACUCCUCAAGUUUUCAAACCUGCUGAUAACAUGUCAACUGAAACAUUUGGUGACAGUGACUUUGAGUCAAGCAAAUCAGAAUACGCUGCCUUAGAGCGGACAUUAUUUCGCAGUUUCGAGUUGUUUAUUGCUGGGAAGGAAUUUUUUAAGUAUUCCGAUUCGAGUGAAUGUGCAAAGCGACUUGAAGCGUAUUUGCAAUCCUUGGCUCCAAGUGAACAAGGUAUAUGUGGUCGAAUAUUUCAGGCCAAUGAACCAACUUACUGUUGCAGUGAUUGUGCAAUCGAUCCAACAUGUGUGUUAUGUAGAGAAUGUUUCGUUAAUAGUGUUCACAUUAAACAUAAUUAUAAAAUAAGCACAUCCGCUGGUGUUGGUUAUUGUGAUUGUGGUGAUCAUGAGGCUUGGCGUUCUGAUGCUUGGUGUAAAAGUCACAAAAUCAAAUCGAAAAUUAAAGAAACUGAAGCAAACAAUUUAUCCAAACUUGCUAAUACCGAUAAUAUCGAUGUGAAAUUAAAAUCUGAAUUGGAAAAUCUUCGUCGACGAAUUCACAACCUACCUAGGGAUAUUGUUCUGCGUACAGGGAAAUUAUUAAAACCUUUAAUAAAUAGUUCAAUUCUAUGUCUUACUGAUUUAAUUCAAGGCACAUCUCGUCUAUCAACAGAACCGUUGAGUAAUCGACUACAUUUAGAAACAUCAAGCACAGAUUGUCCAAUGGAUGGAAAUGAUACUGAACAACAGAUAGUUGUGGAUUUAUGGUCAACAGAUGACGGGUUAGUUGAUUAUAAAAUGGAUAAUGAGAAUACAUGGGAUGAUUGGCCACCACCUUUAUCACAUAUUCCGCUAGUUUCACCUAGUGAAGAUGCAUCAGUACUACGACAAGAUGCUUGGCCAAGAACUGCUCCUAAACGUCGUUCUGCUGUAGAUGUAGAAGCUAGAUGCUUAGCACAGUUGGAACGAGCAAGAACAUAUCAUCCUAGAUUAUUUCCACCACGACCUAUGCGUACAGCCUCUGAACGAACUGCAGCUUCUCGAGCAUUUUUAGUUCUACUUUAUAACAAUGAAUAUCAUAAUUAUGAGCAGGUUAUCAAAACAUUAAGACGUGUAUUGGAUUGUACAACUCAACAAGGUACACAUUAUGCUGUACUUGUUAAUUGUGAUGGUCGUGCAGUUCUCCAAACAAAUCUCACUGCUUCACAAGCAUCUAAUUUAGCAUCGAUUAUCAUGCGUACAUCAACAAGUUUAUCAACACGUCCAAUCUAUUGUAUAGCACAACAUGCUGAUAUUUAUUCAAUGGAAGUAUUUUUCACUCUAUUCAUUCGUUGGUUACGUCGUUUCUGUGAUCAAGUGCCUAGUUUACGACCAAUUAUAUGUCAUGCUAUAUUAGGUCAUUUACCAUCAUCUGUACGACAUCAACGAAACACCACCACCACUAGUAGUAGUAGUAGUGAUAUGAAUGAAUCCAAUCGGCGAGAUGAUCAUACUACGGAUGCUACGGAUGCUUCCGGUGCUGAUAAUGAUGAUGAUAUCUUACCAAUCUUAUUACCUGGUGAUAUUGUUGAAAAAGAUUCUUUCUUAAAUUGUAUUUUAGAACGUCAUAGUUUAACAUGGAGAUCUGUUCGACAAGAAAUGUUACGUCUCAUUAUGAGUGUCCUGUUAAGAGACAAUUUCUAUCGAUGUGUAUUCGCAGUGAAAUUUACCAGAUCCUAUUCAUCGUUGAUCCAAAAUCAUAUUUAUGAUGAUCAUUUAAUUGGUGAUAGUUUAUGCGGUUUAAGUUGUCAAUUUUACACUGUGAUUAGUUUGGCCCGCCAACUUUUAGAACAGAACAAUGUGUUAACACGUUUACUUACACGACUGACUAAUGCAUUUCAAGCGAAUUCCAUUGUUCUACCAUAUUUUUAUUUUUAUACUGCAACCAAUCAAAAUAUUCCCAUGGAUAUACAAGAAGAAGUAAACAUUGCCAGUAUGAUGAUGAAUACACCGGAUACAACAACUCUAUCAUGGAUUAAUGCAAUGUUAGAUUUACUAAGACGUUUAAACCCAUUUGAAUGGGGUUCCUCCUCUUCUUCUUCAUCGUCAUCGAUCGGAUCUUCAUAUAUUGUGAAUAAUCAUCAUCAACAGCUUACAUCGUUGUCAACCGCAAAUUGUGUCCUACCAGAACCACGUGUUCUAUCCUGGCAACCGGGUAAUACCAUAGCUCGUUCAUGGUUUCAUCCAUUCGAACGAUUAUUUCAUGUGAUACGUGAUAUUGAUUAUAUUUUAGCGAGUUUAACUAAUGUCCAACAACCUGUAGCCAUCAACAACAACACUGAUAAUGAUGGCAAUUCAACGCUUACUACUUGGUGGACAGAAGCUGCACGUUCGUCAUUUCUUGAUUAUAUUAGACAAUUUUUAGCAUUACUUAGUUUUGUACAAGAUAUGAAUGGAAUGCAACGUGAAACACAAAAUCAUGUUGAAGAAGAAUUAGAAUGGGCUAGUGGAUUUUAUAUUAUGAGUCUAUUGAUUAGUUUACUUGGUUUAACUGUACAAGUUGCCAGUUCUGAUUAUGAAUUGUAUAAUUUAGUAUUACGUGAAGUUCGUCAAGUUUUUGAAACACGUAUCGGUAUAAUGGAUCGUCGUUUUCGUAUUAAACCAUUACCGAUCGAUCUGAACACCAAUGAUCACAAUAAUAAUAAUAAUAAUAACAACAGCAACAAUAAUGAAUCUACCAAUCAUGUCAUGUCAAGUAAAUUGUAUUUUCAUUCACUUGGUGUCACAACUGAAGUCUAUGUGUAUGAUGUGUCAGUGUAUCGUUUAAGUUUAUUACAACCAAUACCUCGUCUAUUAGCCAGUCUUUAUGGUCAUGGUUUGGAGAUGGGAUUGAAUUUUGAAAAUUUAGGCUUAUUAGAUCAAGGAUUUAUUAAUUUAUUAAUCGAAAGACCAUUGCAAAUUUUUGCAUUCUGUGCUCAAUUCAACGCGAAAAUGUGGGUACGUAAUGGAUUUGCUGUACAACAAUCAAUGACAAAUUUAUUCAGUCCAUCUAUACGUGUUGAAUUAAUUGAUCGUGAUCUACAGUUAUUACAGAUAGCUAGUUGUAUUCUACCACCGGAUGAAUUUCUUAUACGUUUAAUACAUAAAUUUCAUUUGGGCAAUUAUUUGAAAAAUUAUGUCACAUCAAAAGAACCUGGUCCUGGUCGUGUACAAGCAGUGGAAAUGUUACUACGUGUUUUAUUAGCCUGUGUUACUAAUCGUGCACGUCCAUCCAUGGGUUAUUUCAGUAAAGAUUAUUAUUUAAUGAAUAAUUUUCAUCAGAAAUUAGCCAACGGGUGUUCUCUAGAUGAAAUUCUUAUUGAUACAGAAUCAGAAAUUUAUUAUGCUAAUUUAAUUAAUGAUGUAAUACAUACACUGUGUUUAAAACCAUUGAGUUACAGUGAAUUAUUAUCAAUACUCCCUUAUCAAAAUGCAACUAGUUUAUUGUUAAAAAUACCAACAGAACAACAUGUCGAAUCCACAUCAACUCAACAACAUCAUCAUCAUGAUCAUGAUCAAUCUAACAAUGAAUCAGAAGAUCAUGAAAUGGGCGCACAAGAUGUACAAUCGCUGUCAACAACUUCGUGUCCCACUAGACGACAACCUGUUGCAUUACCGGCUUCCGUAUCAAGAAGUGCUAAUAAACGUGCUAUUGAAAAUGUUUUACCAAAAAUUUUACAUAAAAUAGCUGUACAAUUAUCAGUGAAUAAUAAAACUGUAUUUAGUAUACGACCAGAAUUUAUGGCUUAUCGAUUUAAUCGAUUUUAUUGGGGAUAUAGACAUGCGGACCAAACGGCUGCUGAAACAAAUGUUUCAAAAGUAUUAAAAAAAUGGUUACAACAAGUUGAUGCCAAUCAGAAUGUAGAAUUGAAAAAUCUUCCUAUUCCACCACCAAUCCCUCGUCCAUUGCAUAAAUUCAAAUCAUCUUUAUCAUCAGGACCAUUACAAAUUAUUCAAUGUGUUACAUUUGUACGUUUUAUAAAAAUCCUGCUAGAUAUUGCUUAUACAUCACAUGGUGGUGGUUGUGCUGGCGGUGGCGGUGCCGGUGGAGGUACAUCCAGUAGUAGUAGUAGUUCAUGGUGGUCAAAUAAUUUGUUGGACCUGUUGUUACAUUUAAUUAUUACUGCAUUAUAUGAAGAUGAAUUAAGUGGAAGUAAAACUGGUUCAUAUCCAUUUUUGUCAGCGGUUUCUCGUGUUCCAGAACAAAAUGAAUCCGAUGCUGAAUUGAAAGAGCUUGCACGUACUGGACAUUGGUUAAAACCUGUAAUAAUAGAGAAAUCUGUUUUAUUUACACUGAUUAAAAACAAUUGUAUUACUUCACGAUUGGUACGCAUUUUAAAUUCUGCUCAUUAUGAUGAUCACUCCGAUUUGAUUAGAUGGACUUUAGAUUAUUGGAAUAAAGUUGUACAAACUAUGUCAGAUGAACAACCGUCUCUUGGUAAACAGACAUCGGAAUCUGGUGAAAUAAUUGAGGAAUCUCCAUCUUAUCAAUUAUCCAAUGCACAAAUCAAACAAGAUCGUGCAGAGAAAGCACGAGCACGACGUGCACGAAUUAUGGCACGUAUGUCAAAUAUGCAAAGAAAUUUUAUGGAUUCUUUGACACAAAAUGAAGCUACCACGAAUGAAGCUGAAUUAAUGGAUAUUGAUUAUCCUGAAGUAAACAAUGACAAUUUGAAUCAAUCAACAACUGCACAAUCUACUGUUGUACAACAAUGUGCACUUGGUCCAACAAGAUCGUUAGGCAGUGCUGCUGCAUACCUGUUCCCUAAUUCUUCUUCAUCUUCACAAGGCGGAAUGGAAGUGCAAAAUACAGAAUUAGUCACAUGUAAUUUAUGCUUAGAAGAAGUAGCCGAACAAGCUUCUAGUCGUAUGGUUAUGGCUGCACAUGUAUGCCGAUCAUCUGUAUUAUCAUCACAUGGUAUUAGUUGGUUAGAAGGUCCUGUAACAAUGUCUGUGGUGAAACGUUUAUCUUCAGAUCUUGACAUGGUUGAUUCCAUGUGUUCAACAACUAUCGAUCGUCAUCAUGAUAAAUCCUAUUCUGUUCAUGGUGACGAAAAUCAACUUAUACCUUUUCUGGCAUCGGUGUCAACAACAGCUGCAGCUACAUGUGCCGGUUCAUCGAGAAUGGGACUUCGUAUAAUUCCGGAAUUAUUAUCCGGUAUACAAUGUUUAGAAGUACAAAAAGAUACUACUACUACUACUACUGAACUGACAGAUAAAAGUGCACUCGGUCCAGGUUUGAUUGAUCAAUUAUUCACUAAUCAAGAUGAAAUGAAUCAUUCAAUUAUAUUAGAUCGUUGGCAUCCACGUCCAUUAGUAUCAAGUCGUGAUCCAAUCGCUGAGGAAGGAUCAUUUUUCACAUUUUGUUCACAUCCAAUGCAUGCAACAUGUAAAACAAAAUAUGCUAAACAAAUUAAAGGUCGAGUGGAUAAUUUAAAUCGACGUAAUUCAUCGAUGCUUGUAUUUGAAUUUCGUUGUCCAUUAUGCAAAUGUAUCUCAACAUUGGAUUUACCCAUGUUGGGUCCAAUUUAUUUAGACAUCCCUAUUGAGUGGUUACAAUCAAGAUUAUUACCAUCGAUCAAUCAUGAUCAAUCAUCAGUUCAUCAACUUGGUUCGACUGCUACAACUACCCCUACCACUGCUACUACUACUACUAAUAUUAACAAUAAUCAUGCUCAUUUUCAACCAUUAAGUUCUUGGCUACAUAACUUGUCUCGUUGGUUAGAUAUGUCAUCCGAUGUGAAUGAUUACAUUCUGGGUCCAUUAUUCUCAUCGAAUUUCAUUGAUCAGAAAUCAAUCAUGACUGAUCAUUUGCAGAAUACGUCAACACUAGAAGAUUAUGCAUUAUGGAAUUUCGGUAAUCUUAUCACAGCCGAUAUCAACAAUGUAACUUAUCCAUCCUAUUCAUCGACUACUACUCCGUCAACUUCAGUCGAUAUGGAUGUUGAUCAUGAUUAUUCUUCCACCUGUUUAAAACCACAACAACAUUCAACAUCAACAUCAGGCAAUAAUUAUGAAUUCAUCGCUCAACGAAUUCAUUCAAUUAUGAAACGUGUAAAAUAUAGUUUAAUUGUACAAGACUCCACUGAACAAGAUUAUCAUCAUCAUGAAUUGAACGCUAAGAAGAAACAUUCGAAAACUACUACUGAUUGUGGAAUAAGUAGUAGCAGUAGUAGUAGUAGUAAUGUGGGCGUUGGUGGCAGUAGUACCAGUAGUAGUUUAAAUCCUUUAAGUCGACAAUUUUGGACAUCUCGACGAUUUUCUAGACGUUCCAGCACAGAUAAUGACAAUGUAUCGAUGAAUUCAUCCAAUUCCAAUCAUGGUAAUAGUAACAAUAAUAAUAAUAAUAACAAUAAUCAUGCCACAACACUCAGUAUUGGUAAUAAUCCACUGAAAAAUCUUUUACCGCCACAAUCAUCAUCUCCAUUGGUUACAACGAAUUUAUUUGCUUUAGUACAACGUUUAGCUAGUUUAUGUCAACCGAAAUCAGUGGAUACACUUGUUCAACGUCCAAUCGGACGACGUACUACUACGACGACUACGACUACCGCGACUGCUACUGCUACUGCUGAAGUAGUUGUGAAUAACACACCGACAAUUGUUCCUUUACCGAAUGAUAUCAAUGAAGAACAAGAUGAUGAUGAUGACGACGACGAUGGGGAUGACGGCGACGAGGAUCAAGAUGGUGCUGUGGCUGCGGCUGUUGCUACUGAUCAAGUGGUAGCAUUUGUUGUUACUGACACACCAAUUCAAUCGACUGCCUCAACAUUGUCCACUUCAAAUAUACAAGUUUUAAUGACUCAGACAGAAUUCGAUUCGCCACCUUCAACAACCACUACUCAUCAUCAUAAUUUGACAAUGAAUUCAUCAUCAACAUGUUUGAGCAAACAAUCUGUUUUGUUCAAUGCAAAUUUAAAUCUUUCUGAAGCAAUUGAAUUGUUUCAUUUAGAUUUUAUGAGUUUUUAUGAACGUUUACGUACAUUGAAUUCAUUGAUACCACAGAAUGUGACGACAACAGUGACGUCCGCGACGAAUGCAGCGACGACAACCCCUGCAACCACUGCAGCGACAACAACAACAAAUUGUCCUAAAUCACAGUUGUCAUCUCAUCGUCCAGUGAAGAAAAAGACGUCAUCGCAUACAACUACAACAACGUCAGCAGCAGCAUCAUCAUCACAAGCAGCAACACCAUCAUCAUCAGUAACAACAACAACCGGUGUCGAUGAUGAUAUUAAUCAGAAAUAUAUCAUGAAUUCAUUUAAUUCUACCAAACAUUAUUUAGAACGUAUUGCACAACGUGCACGUAAUGUGAUUUGGUCAGCUGCAUGUGAAUGGCGAUCAUUACGACAUAGUGUAGCGUAUACAUUGAUUGGUUCUGAACGUGCUUUAAGAUUACAUAGUUGUUAUGAGCAUUUCUUUAAUGGUGGCUUAGCUGAACGACGUCUGCAUGGACUGGGACAUUUGUUAAGAACUUCAUUGACAGCACAUUCACGUCAUGCUGUUGUUUCACGUGGUUGUUCAUUGUCAUGUGAUGCUGCUGCAAAUGAUGAUGGCAAGACAACAACAACAACCGGGCAUCGAUUAUGUUGGUCACAAUUGAAAACUCAUCCGAUUCAUUGGUGGUGGUGGUCGUAUUGUGUACCAUUUGAUGUUGUACCUAAUUCACAAUUGAAAGAUGUUCUACCUGAUUGUCGUCUGAAUAAUCCAUCCACUAUAAUCAAUAUCGCUGAAACAGCUGUUUCGAUAGCUGCAACCGAAGAUGCACGUUUCUUGUGGCGUUUAUUGCUGCCACCAUUAGAGAAUUAUAAAUCAGAUGCGCUAACCAGCAACUUAUCAGAACAAUCACAGCAACAACCAACAAAUGCCAAUACUUCAAUGCCUGCGUCAACUUAUUCCAUGAAUGCAAUCAAUCAACCGACUACUACUACUACUAGUCUACUUUGGGAUGUGGAUAUUACAUCAUUAUUCAUUAGCCUGUUACAUUUACGUCCAGGCUUAGAAGAAUUCACUGUCAAUCAAUGUCAAUGUACACGUUUAGCUAAUGUAGCCAAUGCAGAUAUUAGUCAAGAAUCGGGUACUGCUUCAUUAGGCGCCUAUUUAUUAGCAUGUGAUGAAGGUCGACUACGUUUACCAAUUGGUGAUAGUCAUGAAACGCAUUUGUUACGUUUAUGUUAUGCUGCAUUAUUAGUCCAAUCGUUGAUAGCAUGGCAACCAAGAAUGGAUUGUUUGAAUUAUUUAAAAAAGCAUCAACUUUUACCACAAUCCUGCACAUGGAAUGAUAAUUAUGUGAAAUCAGCACAUUGGAAUUUACCGGAAUUACUUGAUGUCUGGCGUUUACUACGUGAUCUAUGCGGUCUUCCUGCAUGGAAUUCAUCCAGUAAUAACGUCAGUAAUAAUAGUAAUAAUGACGAUCCACAAAUGAUGGCUCAAUCAUUAGGUUUAUUUCUACGUGCUAAUUGUUUACCAUUUCUACGUAUUGCUGCUUUUGUCAUACAUAAAAUUACUGGUGUAGAUGUACCCAGUGAAUUACGUCAAUCAACUAAUUUAGAUCCAAUGAAUGAGCAUAGUUUAUUGUUAGCAUAUUUAGGCUUACCAUUAACACCGAGUGAUUUGUUAAUAUUGUUAAAAUCACCGGAAUCCAACCAGGCGCCGCUCAUUAGCCAACCAUUGUCACCGUCUGCCUCAUCAACAUCAACAUCAACAUCGUCGUCAUUGAAUUCUUCUUCUCAUCAACCAGAGAAAUUAUCACAUAUAUCUCUUUUAUCUGAAUCAUUAUGGUUGGCACGUUUAAUUACAAGUUGGUGUUUAACUGGACGUCAAUCGUUAAGUCGUCAAAUUUAUCAAUCCUUACUACAUCGUUAUAUUGUAACCAAUGAACAGACGAGUAAUCAAAAGACUAAUAACAAUAAUGCUAUAGCAUUGAUACACGAUUUAAUUCCUUAUCCAAAUACUGAUUUACCAAAUUUAAUUCAAUUACCAAAAGAAUACACUAGUCUAUUAUUAUUGGCUACAGAUAUGGAUUGUCAUGCUGAAGGUCAUACACAUAGUGAUUUAAGUCUUUGCCUAGUUUGUGGACAUUUAGCUUGUUUAUUCUGUUAUGGUUGUCGACAAUUUGAACAGAAAACCAAUUCCAAUUUAUUCGGUAGUGGAAGAACAACCAUCUCAUCCAGUCACAAUCAAAAUACCAGUAGUAGUAGCAGCAGUAGCAGUAAUAAUCAAGAAUUUGCUGUCUAUCGUAUGCAAGCUCAUUCAAGACGUUGUCAUUCUGGUUAUAGUCUACUAUUACGUAUUCAUUCAUGCCGUGUAGUAUUAUUAUCAGAUCAAGCAAGACGUAUCACUGAAGUGCCUGCACCGUAUAGAGAUGCAUUCGGUGAAACUGAUCCAGAUUUACGUCGUGGCAAUCCAUUAUUCCUUGUGGAAUCCGAAUAUCAACGUAUCAAUCAAUUAUGGAUUAGUCAUCAACUAGCAUCGAGUACUCCAUCAGAUUUGAUUACACCAUCAAAUUUACAAUUUGGCCUGUAUUAAAUUCACAAUUUCAUGUGGAUAAAUCAGAUUAAGAUAAGCAGCACACAAUCAUCACCAUCAUCAUCAUCAUCGGCAGCCGCAGCCACAUCAGCAGCAGCAGCAGGAAUCUAUCAUCACUCAUUGAUUGUCAUUUAUGUCAUCUCAUUCACAUGAGACACUUUUCAUCAGUCAACUAACUAUUAUUGUGUUGAAUUGUAAUAACAUGUCAGCCUAGGCAUCAGCUCUUCUAGCCCAGGCCCUUUCCCUCCUCCCCUUGUAACUCUUUGUUGCUCUCUCUCUCUGUGUUUCUCCUAUCAAGUCAUCAUUCAACUUCACCGUCGAUUUGUAUAUUUUACACGUAUGAAUAAUAAAUCAGUAAAUCACUAGAGUUAUGUGCUGUUCGCUAUUUUGUUAUUUCAUUACAAUAAGAAUAAAGUUUCCGAACUCACCCACCGCCGUCUACCCUAUACAAAUGUUUUGUUUUGGUUGUUUUUUUCUGAAAUCAUUUCAUCAAAGUACCCCGUCCACCUCCCCUCCCCAUGGUCCCACCAUUUGUUUCUUCCUUUUUCCUGUCAAUCCUCUUCGUAAUUUCUGCCAUUCAAUCAUUUCCACCUUUCUCCUAUCUCUUCUUCUUCCCAUCAUCCUAAUCAUUGUCGCUAUUCAAUUGGUGCAGCAAUGUUUUGUAAUUCAACGCAUCAUCUGUGUGCGUAUGUACCUGUUUGUGUGUGUGUGUGUGUCUGUGUGCAAAUGACAUGUGUACAAUCGAAGAUACACACUGAAGUUCUAACUACUACUCUAUUAUCCCCUUUUUUUCAUUAUAUUCCUCCUCAUCAUCAUCACUGGUCGUUUAUUUUCCAUGUGUAUUUUGUUAAUUUCCUAAUAUGGUGCACUUUUUAACUUGUCAACUUUCUCUUUCUCUCACUCUCUCUGCUAUUGGUUACAUAACAUGAUAAAUGAGGUUGUGUCCUCUGGACGUUCCCUGCUUCUCACCUAUCGAUCAACUAUUUGCUGUUUUUUUCUCUCUCUAAGUUUACUAACUCAUCAUCAAUGAUCAGAAAUUGUUUUUGUUUUUUUAAAAGAAGUUGUUUUCUUUACCCUUUUUAUUCGAUACUGUUCAUUGAUGAACAAGCACACACACCCACCCACCCACACACAUUGAAAUUUCUUCGUGUAUUCAUAGUAUACUACUGAAAUCACUAACGAACUAACUAACUCAUCGUCUUCGUCAUCCGACGAGUUCGUCUAACAGAAUCCUCUUGUAUGCCGGAUGAGUGUGUGCAUGCAUGCGUGUGUGUGUGUGUGUGUGUAAACACGAGGAUGUAGUAAGUAGUAGCUGACACAUCCUUCAUAAUAAUCGAGUUGAGCGGUUAAGCAAGAUUUUCUCUUUAUUCAUUGAUCUCCCUUUUUUAUUUGUUAUUCUUGUUGUUGUUGUGGUUGUCGUUUGAAUUUCAUUUCAUCUGUUUUUUGGUUUGAUGAAAACAUUUUCUUUUUUGCGUCCCCAUACCCCGGAACCCUUAACCUUGUUAUGCUUUGAUAAGAAAAAAAAUUCUUUCUCAAGUCGUCGUCGUCAUUAUUACUAUUAUUAUUUGUGUCAAAAACAGUACAUACACAUAAUUCAGUAUAUAUAUAUAUAUAUAAAAAUCUAAAUAUGAAAAUAUUUUUUUUGUUAAAUACACAUUUUAAAUUGAAAAAAAUAAAAAAAAAUACUUU